CUGUGCCGACCAGGGUGCGAGGGGCAGGAGCGCCCAGCCCACGAUGCGAAGGGUGCGGGUGAACGCCGCCGCCCUGCUCACAGUUGCCUGGAUCCUCGGUUUGUUCUACUAUCUGUGGCAAGGGGGCAAGCCCCGUCCAGCAGUGCACGGCCCCGGGGAGCCCCUGUACCAGCGGCAGCCCCUGCACUCCGGGCAGGUCGCCGGCGGCAGGCAGGCGAUAACUAAAACACCGCUAUUAGAUAAAAGUAAAGAGCAGACCUUUGAUGAGAAGGCCUAUCUUUCCAGCAAGCUCCUGCAGCGCGGAGAAGAUCCCUAUGGGCACCAUGCGUUCAACCAGCGGGAGACUGACAAGCUGGCCAGUGACAGGGAGAUCCGAGACACCAGAAACUACAGGUGCUCUGCACUCACGUACGCCAAGGAUCUGCCGCCAACCAGUGUCGUCAUUACCUUCCACAAUGAGGCCCGCUCCACAUUACUGCGCACCGUGAGAAGCGUCCUGAACCGCAGUCCUCCGUGGCUCAUCCAGGAAAUCAUUCUGGUGGAUGACUACAGCCGUGACCCUGAGGACUGUGAGCUCUUAAUGAAGAUUCCCAAGAUCCGAUGUUUGAGGAACACUAAGCGUGAAGGGCUGAUUCGAUCACGAGUGAAGGGAGCUGAUGCUGCUACUGCAGAGGUCCUGACCUUCCUGGAUAGCCACUGUGAGGUAAACAAGGACUGGCUGCAACCCCUCUUGCAUCGAGUUAAGGAGGAUCACACUCGGGUCGUGAGCCCCAUCAUCGACGUCAUAAGCCUGGACACCUUCGCUUACUUGGCCGCGUCUGCAGAUCUUAGGGGAGGCUUUGACUGGAGUUUGCACUUUAAAUGGGAACAGAUAUCCUUUGAGCAGAGGAUGGCAAGACCAGACCCAACCCAAUCAAUCCGGACCCCUGUUAUCGCUGGAGGGAUCUUUGUCAUGAAUAAAUCCUGGUUUAACCACCUUGGAAAAUACGACACGCAAAUGGACAUCUGGGGUGGUGAAAACUUUGAGCUGUCUUUCCGUGUCUGGAUGUGCGGAGGAAGUCUGGAAAUUGUUCCCUGCAGUCGUGUUGGGCACGUCUUCCGCAAACGACAUCCGUACGACUUCCCCGAGGGCAACGCACUCACCUACAUCAGGAACACCAAGCGCACUGUGGAGGUCUGGAUGGAUGAUUACAAACAGUACUAUUACAAAGCCCGCCCUGCAGCUGUUGGCAAGCCUUACGGAAAUGUUGCCGAUCGAGUGGAGCUGCGUAGGAGGCUACAGUGCAAGUCCUUCCAGUGGUACCUUGAAAACAUCUAUCCUGAACUGCGAAUUCCAGAGAAGGAGGUGCUUGAAACAGUCGUGAUACGACAAAAAGGAGGAUGUUUAGAGCCUCAGAGUCCGUAUAGAACCGCCAACCCCAUCAUCAAACUUGGCCAGUGCUCAGACACUCAAAACUUAAUUUCCUCCAGCCAGGAAUGGGUCUUGUCUGGAUCUAUGAUUAAGCAGAUCGACAAGUGUGUGGCGAUUACAAACUUCUCCAUAGAUUCACAGGUUGUGCUGGACCAGUGCAACCAAGGGGAUGGCAGACAGAAAUGGACGCUGAAGGGAGGAGCUAUCCAGCACCUUAUAACUGGGGCAUGCUUGGACAGCCAAGCAGCCAAGUUAGAUGCCAACCAGGUGGGCACCACACCUUGUCAGCCCAAGCUUUACAGCCAACAGUGGGAUGUGUUGAAGGUCACGUGACAUCAGAAGUUGUGUGGCCCGUAUCAACGUGCGUACAUGUGAACUGGGAUUUUUAAGGUUGUAUAAAUGUAUUUUCACUCUUGAGGCACGGUUCAACAAGAUGGGAUGCUGAUGAACUACAUAGAGAAGAAACACUGGGUCUGGAGCCUCAACACGAUUCAGUAUGGAUGGGACUGGAGCUGCCUCCAACACAAACAAAAUGCUUCUACAACUUCACUCCCCGGGUUCCUGUCAUAGUCGGCAGGAUGUUAAUGUAAUAUUUUCAUGACCCCAGAGCAAUCUCAGAGGGUUAGACACUUUGUUCACAAGCAGAGUGUUGUAGGGUCAGAAAGCCUACCUGAUCACCCAUUCGGGUAGUGUUAUUACACCACUGCCCUGUUGAUCACUUCUUCACAUUUAAACUCAUGGCGGGUUUGUGAGUUUUUGUUGUUCAUGACUAGACUGUAAAUAAAUCAUAGCUGCAGUUAACAGAUCUUUGAGUGAUCAGUUGAUGUUGCAUGUCCCAGCAGUAAGUACAGAAAAAACAGUCAUAGAGUAAUACAGCAGCAAAACAGGCCCUUUGGCCUAAAUGAUCCACGCUGACCACAUGUUCCUCCCUGCUAGUCCCAGGCCCAUAACCCUCCAAGCUCCUCUCCUCUACGUACCUAUCCAAUUUUAUAAUUGCACCUACCUUCAUCAUGUCCUCUGGCCCUUCUAUAAAUAAAUUACUUUUCAGGUCUCUUAAAAUUUUCUCCUCUUAACCUGUAUCUGUGCCUUCUAGUUUUGGACUCCCCAACCCAGGGGUAAAGACUCUGACCACCAAACUUAUCCAUACCCCUCAUGAUUAUAUAAACUUCUGUGAUAGUGGUCACCAACCCUUCGAUCGCGAUCGACUGGUUGAUCGUUGAGACUUUCCCAGUAGAUCCCGAAACAAAAAGAAAAAUAAAUACACAAAUACUGUUGAGAGAUUGUUUCCGGGUUGUGGGGUUUUAGUUCCAUUCUUUCUGCCCAGUGCGCAUACACGUAGCUCCCCCCACACUACACAGUGUAAUUCAGUGGUCCCCAACCACCGGGCCGCGGGGAAACGAUAUGAGCCAGUUGCACCUUUCCUCAUUCCCUGUCACGCUGACUGUUGAACUUGAACCCACGCGAGAUCAUCAGUCGCCUAAACGCAGUGACACCCUCGCGCCAGAGAUCACUGGCUGGCCUCGGGUAACUGGCCGGCGGGAAGUGCCGUUGCUACUGGCCUGGAGAGCGGAUAGAUGGGUACCGCCUCUGAACCUGUUUACCACACUGAAUGUUCGUGGGGAACCCGGUGCUAAGAUAUUCGCAGACAUCCUAAUUUGGGCUCAGGAUUUCGUAAGUAGCAGAGCAGCUACCGCGUUGUGAUCUACUGAAACAAACUUUUGUCAGCCAAUAGAUCCUACAAGGGGGGCGAGUGGGUGCCCUGUUGCACUCCUCGCUCGGUCGCUCUCUCCGGACUGCGACCGCCAUCUUGCCUUUCACUAAGGCCGAGGUAGGGGAUCUUGGGCUUGAAAAGGUUGGUAACCACUAUUCUACGAGGUCACCCCUACAGGGAAUAAAGUUCCACCAUGGCCAAGCUCUCACUAUAUCUCCAGUCCUCUAGACAAUGCAACAAUUUCUCCUGCACCCUCUCCAGCCUGACAGUUUAUUUCCUAAAGCAGAGUGGCCCAAACUGCACAAACUGUUCCCAUCAACAGCUUACAUAGCAGAAACAUGAUGUCGCCACUUCUGAAGGGCAGCCAAUGUGCUAAAUGCUUCCUUCACUACCCUACCUACUUGCGUUGCCCCUUUCAAAGAACUGUACUCCCUGGUCCCUCUGUUGCACAACACUAGCCUGUUCCCUGCCACUUACUCUGUAAGUUUGACUGUCCAAGUGCAUCACUUCACACUUAUCAAGUUGAAAUCAACCCAUCUACCUGACUGAUCAAAAUCUCUUUGUAAUUCAUUGUAACCUGUUUCAAAUUAGCAGGACCCCUGGUUUAGGUGUCAUUAGCAAACUUGCUAAUUUCACCCUGUACAUUCGUAUCCAGCCCGUUUGCGUGCCAAUACAUAAUGAAUGACAGAAGUCCCAGUAUAGAUAUCUGGUAUUUUCAAUCCUGCAGUUGGAAAAUCAACCUUCAACAAUCAUCCUCUGCUUCCUGUCAUUUCACUAGCUUCCCUUGAAUUCCAUGCAACCUGAUAUAUCCUCCAGGUAUCCACCAGUAUCCACGUUUCUCAAAAGUUCUGGAAAAGUCUUAAAACCUCAUUCAAUGGAUAAAUAAAAUCUAUGGAUUUUAAUUUUUCUUUUUGUACUUGAGACUUACAGCAAUAAUUUAAAAAAUGGAGUUUAAUAUCCGACAACAUAAAUUUCAACCUACAAAUAAAUUAUAAUGAGAUGGAAGGAGAGGAAGUUACGUUUCCAAGAAGUUAACUGCUUUCAGUUAACCAGUGCCAAGAAAUAAGGUGACAUUUGUCACAUUGUCAACUUGCCAAAAUCACCUGACAUUAUAUUAAAGCAGGUUUGGAGUAUGGACUAGUUUGGACAGGUUCAUUCAGGAACUCAAUGUACUGUCAAGAUCUCCCUCAGUGGGUAUUCUCAGUACACUUUUAAUGAUUUAAGCAGCUUUUCUCAGGUCAAAUUUACUCUACUUUUUGUUGUCUGGCAUUCAAGAAAAUGAUACAUAAUAUAACUUAAUACCCUGACUAAAAUUGAAUGAAUUUCUACAUACC